CUUGCAUUUCUUUUCCUGCAAAAUUUCUGCGAGAAGCUCCAUUGUGCAUUUUCUGUUCGUGAACUACGGUAACAACUGGGGAUCUCUACAUCAAAUCUUUCGAAACCGAAAUCAGGUACUGUACCUAAGCUUCUGAUUUUGAGUAAAUCGAAGUGUUUCUCUUCUUUCUCCCUUUCUGUGAUUGAUUUAGAGUUCUUUGAAGGAAGUUAGGGUUAGGGGUGAGAAGGAUUUUGAAUGUGCAGCAGAGAGGGUUUUUUUUUUUUUUUUUUAAAAGAUCCUGACUUAUUCCUCCCCCCUACUUCGUGCAGAGUUUUGAGAAAAUGUCGUCAGAAAGAACACAAAGUAUAGUAGGGAGUGAGGUGGAGCCUCUGGACUAUGGGAGGAUGGACACAGAGAGUAGUCCAUCUCCAACUAGUUCGGAGGAAACAGUGGAGGGGGUGAGAGGAGAUGAGGUGGUGGAGGUUGAGGGAGGUGAGGUGGCAGAGGUUGGGAGGAAUGAGGUGAUGGGGGUUGGGGUAGAUAGCAUACCCAUCACCGUAGUAGAAGUAGAAGGUAAUGGGGAGAGAGGUUAUGAUAGAAAUGCAGAGAUAGUGGAGGAAGUGAAGCAGUACCGAUCUGAACUAAGGACUAGGGAUGACCUGUGUCACUUAGUAGAAACGUACGAGAUCUCUUCUCGGGUAUUAGUUAGGCCAGCUGGGGUAGAGGAGAGGGCGUGCUCUGCUCCUCGGGAUCACUGGAUACCUGUGUAUUCCCACUAUUUGAUAGCGGGACUCAGGUUUCCACUUCCUGAGUUGCUAAUAGCAUGCAUAGAGGUUGCUGAGCUCUAUGGGCCAAGCGCUCUGAGUGAAGCUGACAUGAAUCAAUUUUUGAACACUGCUGGAGGAGCGCCCAUCCCCAAGAAGCCAAGGAAGAAGUCAAAGACUUCAACCAAACAAGUGGAUGAGGGGAGGGCUGGGAAGGAGGUGUUGCCCUUGGCGUCAGCUGGGACGGAGGAGGAGGUGCCACCGCUGAAGAGGAAAGGCUGGGAGGAGAGGAGGGCACUGCAAAAGAAGCAGAAGGUGGUGGAGGAGGUUGAGGGGAAUGAGGUGCCUGAGUUCGUACCUCAGCCUUCUCCUGCUGAGCUGGACCCCGAGCUCAGACGGUUGGAGGAAGGGGCUGAGGUACGGGCUCCUGGUAAGGGGAAGGGCCCUGUUUCCCCUGCAGUGACUCAGAGCAGCCUGUUCGAGGCGAAGAACAUGAUGGGGGCUAGGUGGUUUAUCAACAGCACCUUCCCCGAAGUGGACCAACGCAACGCGCGAGAAGAAGCUCUAAGGUACGGGGGAGCAUCUGUUGUGAGGCAUGUUCUUGAGAGCGCGAGUUGGGUGAAUGGUCUAGCCCAGGAGUUCAGGGAGAGUACAAAGGAGCGCGCACUCUUGCAGAGGCAGUGUGACCAGCUGCAAAAGGAGAAGGAGGAGCUGGAAAAGAAAAAUAAAGAGCUGCAAGAGGCUCUGAACGAGGUGGUUCCAUCUGUGAAGCAGUUGGAACAGGAGAGAUCGUCCCUGAGCACCAAGCUCGGCUUUGAAGAGACCAAACGAAAGAUCUCUGAAAGCGAGCAUGAGGCUCUGGCACAAGAAUUAAAGCUGACGAAGGAGGCUUUCUUGGAGCUGAAGGGGAAUGUGCAGACCUUGGUGCACAAUGGGAUGAAGGAGCACAUCAGCAACUUCAUUAGCUCUAGCUCGUUUGACAACAUCGUCAACCUCUACCGAUUGCCAACUGCCAUCAUUGCCUUCACGGACUGCAGAAAGAAGGUGAAGACUGUUUAUCCCGAAGUGGAUGUGACAAGGAUAACCUUCGGAGAGCAAGAAGCUGGAGUGGAGGAAGAUGGUGAAAGUAUGUCAGCAGACUUCCGCCCAGAGAUCAAACUGAAGUGGGAUCAUGAUGCUGAUGGACGCACUGUUUUCCCUCCGAACUUCGACUUUGAGUUCGUUGCAGUGGAAGAAGAAGAAGAGGCAGAGGUAGAAAGAGGCGGGGUGGAGGCAGGAGCAGAUGGAGCUGAAGUGGAUAAAAGCCAACCAGCACCAGAAGUGGAGAUUCAUCCAGUUCCAUCUGAUGAUGAUCAGCCUUCUCUGCCAGACGAGCAGCAGCCAAGACAGCCACCUCUUCCAGCUGAAGAGGAGCUAGUGGAGCCACCUCCUCCAGCAGAGAAUUAAUUUUGUUUUGUUGUUUUUAAUUUUUUUGUAGAAUAUUUAAACAGUUUGUAACACUUUUAUUACAUUAAAUGAAAUUAUGUAUUUGUUUAUGUUUGGUUUAUAUUUUUGUUAUGUUUUAUGAAUGAAAGAACUAAGAGUAC